AUGGCUGACGACAUCAUCGGCAUGGACGACAUGAUGGCAAUUUACGAGGUCACCGACCUCUUCGGGAUCGACCGCGAGUCGAUCAGCGUCCCCCUGGACAAGGAGGGCAUGGGGGGAGCGGCGACCCUGGACGACGGCACACUUGAGAUCCGCGCGCCUGCCGAGGCUCCGACCCGCGACUGGCUGCCGACCCUCAGCAAGACACUCGAGGGACUCGGUUUCGAAGCGUCGCCCGACGACGAAUGGGACUCAUAG